CGUUUCCAGGUCCUUUACACUUCGAAAUAAAACACUGGGAAAAUCGCAGUGGGUUUCAAGGUGAAACAGAAAACAAAGUGAAUGAAGAAAUAAUAUUAAGCUGAAAACUUCUUCAAAUUCAAGAGAAGGAAAGCUCAUUCUUUCAAUUUUGUCAUGGAUUAUUUGAAAACAGUGGUUCCUUCUCAACUCCUCGCUGAACGUGGCUCUAAUCUCGUCGUCAUCAACCCAGGUUCUGCAAAUAUUAGAGUAGGGUUAGCUAAGCAAGACUCUCCUUUUAGCAUUCCUCAUUGCAUUGCUCGUCGCAGCAACCAGUUACCCAAGUUAAAUGUUCAAGAUCAGUUGCUUAAUUCUCAAGUUACCACAGCGCAGCAUAUGGAGCGCGAAAAGGCAUAUGAUGUGAUUGCGUCGUUGUUGAAGAUACCUUUCCUUGAUGAAGAGGUUGCCAAUAAUUCUAUUCCCCGAAAGAUGGGACGUGUUGAUGGGUAUAAUCCUCAGAAUCCAAGGAAGGAUGGAGCCUUCACUUGGACUGAUACACAUGCGAAGGACCUAGAUUCAUCAGUGCCACAAGAAAGUUCAUCGGAUAAAAGUGUCAUAGCUGAGUCCUUGGCUCAAAAUGAAGGUACUGAAUCGAAGGAACCUACUUUGGCUGAACGCAAGUUCAGGGAGGUCAUAUUUGGUGAGGAAGCACUAAGGAUAUCUCCCACUGAGCCAUACUCCUUAAGGCGUCUUAUUCGUAGAGGUCAUCUAAAUAUUUCGCAACAUUACCCCAUGCAGCAGGUCCUUGAAGAUCUGCAUGCUCUAUGGGACUGGAUUUUGUUAGAGAAAUUGCAUAUCCCUCACCAAGAAAGGAGCUUAUAUUCUGCUAUUCUUGUUGUUCCGGAGACAUUUGAUAAUCGUGAGAUAAAGGAAAUCUUAUCUAUUUUACUGCGAGAUUUGCGCUUUAGCUCAGCAGUGGUACACCAGGAAGGCCUGGCAGCAGUUUUUGGGAAUGGAUUAUCAACGGCGUGUGUUGUAAAUUUGGGUGCUCAAGUAUCAUCAGUUAUUUGCAUUGAGGAUGGAGUGGCUCUACCUAAUACAGAGAAGACUUUACCAUUUGGUGGAGAGGAUAUAUCAAGAUGUCUACUUUGGACCCAGAGGCACCAUCAGACAUGGCCACAAAUUCGUACUGAUAUUUUGACAAAGCCUAUAGAUCUAUUGAUGCUGAACAGGUUAAAAGAGUCCUACUGUGAAAUCAAGGAGGGUGAACUUGAUGCUAUUGCUGUAGUUCAUUCUUAUGAGGAUGCCAUGCCUGCAGGAUCUCAUAAGACGAGGCUAACUGCUCUGAAUGUUCCUCCUAUGGGUUUGUUCUACCCAACGCUUUUGAUUCCUGAUUUAUAUCCUCCACCACCCCGUUCUUGGUUUCAUGACUAUGAAGAUAUGCUGGAGGAAACAUGGCAUAUUGAAUUCCCAAGAAGGUCUGACAUGCCAGACGGUCUUUAUCCUGGCAAUAAUGUUGGUUUACAAAUGUGGGAUAACUAUCCAUUUGUCUCAAUGAAACCUAAGAAAGAAGAGAAGGUUGGCCUAGCAGAAGCCAUAACCAGCAGUAUUCUUUCAACUGGUCGCAUAGACUUGCAAAGAAAAUUGUUUUGUAGCAUACAAUUGAUUGGUGGAGUGGCUUUAACUGGUGGGCUAAUUCCUGCCGUGGAAGAGAGAGUCUUACAUACCAUUCCUUCAAAUGAAGCAAUUCAUACUGUUGAGGUUUUGCAAUCAAGAACGAAUCCAACAUUUGUGUCCUGGAAAGGUGGAGCUAUCCUUGGAGUCCUAGAUUUUGGGCGGGAUGCAUGGGUACAUCGAGAGGACUGGAUCCGGAAUGGGAUUCAUAUCGGGAGUGGCAGGAAAUACAAGGAUUCUUAUUUUCUUCAGGCACAGGCAAUGUGUUACAUAAAUUCGUAGAAGCUGGUGGAUAGGUGAAAACUUCUCUAAAACCAGUGGUCAUCUACAAGGUUGAAGGUGAUAUUUCUCUUGGAAAGUAAACAAGGCAUUAAGUUCCUAAUCCACACACUGUAGCUGUCUAGAAACUACUGAGACAUGCCAAUGGUUCUUCAUUUUGUAGUUUUCAGGAGCAAGUGACUAGUUGACUGCAGUUUGGGAUUAGCAAAGCACUUGUCUAUUAGAACACAUACUGCUGCUCCAUGGCGGGGUUCGUUUUUGUGUUAAGAAACUUGUAUAUUCAUGGUAGUUUGCAGUCCAGAAUCUUCAGCAUAAUCAAUACAAACUAGAAUGCGAUGCAUCAUCAACUUUUUAUAGCAUGUAUCACUAAUUUUUAUUGUUAAUGGGGAUAACUUUUGUUGUCCUGUUCCCCCAAAA